AGUUAGAGUACCAUAUUAAAUGUUUUUCAAAAGCUUAGGGGGGCGCUGCCUCCACUUGUCCUUCAUUGGCUCCGUCCCUGAAGAGCCGCCUUCAUCGCCACUCUGUUUUCCGAUGCGGCUGGCUUCAGAUUCUGAAACUAAACAUUUCUCGCACGGAUCAGAUUCCAACAGGUUUAGCCAUGAUAUUAGCAAAAUGCCAGAUAAUCCACCGAAGAAUAUAGGCCAUCGCCGCGCCCAUUUGGAAAUUCUCACUCUUCCGGAUGAUAUUAACUUUGAUAGUGAUCUUGGGGUUGUAGGGGUUGCUGAUGGGCCUUCCUUUUCUGAUGAGACCGAGGAGGAUUUGUUUUCCAUGUAUCUUGAUAUGGACAAGUUCAAUUCAUUUUCAGCUACAUCGGUGUUUAAAGUGGGUGAGUCCUCGGCCACGGCAGCGGCUGCCCCAGGGUCUGCUGUGCCUGGCGGAGCGGGCAGGAGAGUGGAGGUGUCCCCGGCUGAUUCGAAGAAACCCAUGUCAGCUGCUAAGCUGGCUGAGCUUGCUCUUAUUGAUGGUUCUGGUAAGAAAUGUUGAUCCAUGGUUUUAGUUUUGGUUUUGGUUUGGUUUGGUUUGGUUUGUUAUGCUGAGCUCGAAACCAGUUGUAAAUUGUAAUUGUCAUGUGGUAAUUACGGGGCGCAUCUGAAGCUGUUUGUUCAACCUAAUAAUUUUAUUUCUUUAAUGAAAUGAUUUUUUAGUA